CACACAUCCCGCACGUAGCCGGCGCGGUCAGCGGCGGGGGGUUGGUUGUUGCUGCAGGCUUUGCAUCGGCCGAGACCCUUCCCGCACGGCCCUGCUGGGUUCCGCACGCUGUUCGGGCAGCGGCAGCGAGGGGAUACAGGAGCGCCGGGCCGCGGAGCGCGGCGCAGCCCAGCCUGCCGCGGCGAAAGUUUUGUCUCGCCUGGCCCCGCGCCGCGGCGGAGCCACUGCCCGGCCCGGCCUGGAGCCAGCGGGCAUCGCGUCUCGACAGGGCAGCGGCGCGCCCGUCACCGCCACGCCAUGCCACUGGGACACAUCAUGAGGCUCGACCUGGAGAGAAUCGCUCUAGAGUACGUCGUGCCCUGCUUGCACGACAUAGGCUUUUGCUACCUGGACAACUUCUUGGGGGAGGUCGUGGGGGAUUGCGUCCUGGAGCGGGUGAAGCGAAUGCACCGCGACGGGGAGCUGGCCGACGGGCAGCUUGCCGGCCCCAGCCGCGGCGUCGCCAAGCGGCACCUCCGCGGCGACCAGAUCAAGUGGAUCGGAGGCACGGAGGAGGGCUGCGAGGCCAUCAACUUCCUCCUCACGCUGAUAGACCGGCUGGUGAUGUACUGCGGGAGCCGGCUCGGCAAGUACUACGUGAAGGAGCGAUCCAAGGCUAUGGUUGCUUGCUAUCCUGGAAAUGGAACAGGGUAUGUUCGUCAUGUGGACAAUCCAAAUGGUGACGGGCGCUGCAUCACCUGUAUUUAUUACCUGAAUAAGAACUGGGAUUCCAAGCUACAUGGUGGAAUUCUUCGGAUAUUCCCAGAGGGAAAGUCCUAUGUAGCAGAUGUUGAGCCGAUUUUUGAUCGAUUACUUUUUUUUUGGUCAGAUCGAAGGAACCCACAUGAAGUCCAGCCUUCUUAUGCAACCAGAUAUGCCAUGACUGUGUGGUAUUUUGAUGCUGAAGAAAGAGCAGAAGCCAAAAAAAAGUUCAGGAACUUAACCGAUGCAAGGAAGAGAGAAGCACCUCUUAAUGAGGACUGAUCAACUGCCUCUGAACUCUUUGUGAGGAAACAAGAUCCCAAAGAUGACUUCCAUUUCCAGCGAACAAGGGCAAAUUCUUGUUGUGCACAAGAAUGCACUGGUUGUAUCUAGCAUGUGCAUCUUAUAUUGAUGGUACUUAGGGCAGCCUCCUGUCAUGCCUGCAUUUGGCAGAAGGAAUACUUGUUUUCUAUUUGCCUUUUGCUGGAAAAAGUAACCAGGGCUAAAAAAAUUAAAAAAAAAAAAAAAUUCACUAAACCUAAUGGUAGUGACUCAACCAACUGGCUCUUGGUCGCUUUUGUAGAUAAGAUAAUGAUCAUUGGAACUAGUGGUAAAAACCUGAGUCUUAUUUGCACUUUGUGGGGAAAAGAAAAAAAAAUCUAGCUCAAUGGGAAGGAGCUUUACAAGUUUAAAAUCUGUGGCGGACUGCUAAAGGGCAAGGAGAGAUAUUGGAAAUAUGAAAUUAAACUGAAUUUUUGUAGAGUAUCAUCUUAUGAUCUGUCCCACACGGGCUUGCUGAUGUAUUGUUCAUUGCUUUGCUGAGCAGAAUGUUGGCUCAGCUCUCUGACAGCAUGCCUUUCCAAACAGAUUUUUUUCUACACAGUCACUGCAUUUCAUGGAUUUUGUUUGCUUUUCAAGAGUCAAGUUCUAGCUCAGCUGCUCUUUCUGUCCCAGGACUGAGGGGGGAGUAGUUAUGCAUCUGUCCACAACUUUGUAAAACCAUUUCCUUUCUGUUCUGAGCAGGAUGGAUUGUACAUUUUCUAUAUUUUGUGUUUGAUAAAGCAGCUGUUUUCUCCCAAAAAUUUGGUAAGCUUGGAAGGCUAAUGGCACACAAUACAAUGUCACUAAAGACCAGUCAUAUGGAAAGUGUUAUUUUCAUGACUAUCUACUAUGUUUUGUAUGACACAGAUAUAAAUCUGAAAGAAAAAGCUUUGUUUGGCAGUCUAUCAAAUACAUCAUAAAUAAUGGGUAGCUUAGACUUGAUUUCUAUGCUACUUAUCCUUAGUUAACACAGUUUAACUUUGCAUGCCUGUGUAAUUUGAGUGAAGAUUCCAUUUCAAUUGAUCUGUUAUGCCAGGUAACCACUUCUGCUGUGCCCAAGCUGUGAUAUCAGAGUUGUUCAAAUGGCAAAGCACAGAUUUUUUUUUUUUUUUCUUCCAUUAUUUUUUUUUAACUUACUAGACUCGGUGAGUAACUGGUGAGCUAUCUCCAACCUGCCUAAGCUUCUACAGCCAGCACUUACUAUGCAGUCCAGCAUAGCUCUUAAUGAAGCUGGGAUCUGAGGUAGAUACAUUUAUCACUCACACUAAUUGUUCUCAACCCAAUACACUUGCUUGCAUUAAUUUUGGUCUCAUGUUGUCAGUGUGCAUGUCAGACUUUCCUAACUGUUCCAGACAGAUGCCUUGUUUGGCAUCCUAUGUUUUCAUGUGCUGCAGCCCGUGGUGGUACAGUUGGCCUGUGUGACUGCCAGCCCCUGGCCCAGUUGGCCGUGCCUCAUGUGGAAGAGAAAUAACCUUCACAUUAAAGAAAUGCAGUAGAAAUGGAGUAUUGUUGUAAGCAGAUCUAUCUCUAAAAAAAAAAAAAAAAAAAAAAAAAACAAAAAAGCUGGCCAUCUUUUGACCUGUCCUUGAAUUCUAAAUGUAAAUAGGAUAGUGCUAAAAAAACCCUCCUUCUCUCUGGCUUCUCCCAGAGAUCCAGCCAUGGUUGUACGGGCUGGACUUUGUGCAGCCUGACCACUUUGCACCUUAAGAGAGGAAUAUGAGGGAACAUGUGUGACAGAUACUCAAGACUAGAAAAGGACAAAUAAUUUGAUAAAUGUUCUUUAAUGUUAAGAAAAACAUGAUUCUGCUACAGUUGCUUCUAAGCAGCAUGACAGACUUGAAGGAAAGUUAACCAUAACUUGAAAUUCUUAUUUUGCAAUGUUCAUGUGGGAGGAGAAAGGGUUAGGGCUCUUCUCUUAGAGGGAGAGGAAGCCCACUGAAAGAGGGGAAGUGUUGAAAAAGGGGAGCCACAGGAUUAUUAUUUAAAAAGUAGGAGGGGAGAGAGGGGGACUCAGCUUGUAUUACUAUGCAAAAUUGAUAAUGGCAUGUAAAUUUGAAAUUUUAAAUUAUUUUAAAGGGGGCAAAGACAGCUGAAACAGCAGAGCAAGUCUUGCUUUGCAUUUAGAAACUAUAACCUUGAAAAAAUGCACUAUGAUGAGAUGUUGGUACGCAUCUCACCAGAGCCUAGAACAGUGGAAAAGCGAUGGGGUGGGAGCAUAAAGGCUUUGUAUAAAGGCCAGAAAAGAAAGGUACUUCAGUUACCACACCUGCUACCACCUGGCUUCAGCAGUGGUCAGCAACAUGUGUGGUGGAUAGAACACGGAGCAGUAUACAUUCAUUGUAAAUAAAGUACAUAGUUUAAUUUUUAGCCAAUAUCUUCUUGAUCUAGAUAGAGAAGAGAGCAAUUUUUCUGUCUGAGAGCAUUGUCUUUUUUUAUUAAGACAUAUAGUUAAGUACAAAAAAGUUGAGGGCAGAGGAUUUUAAAACCAAUUCUGCAGUCCUCUAUUCCAGACCUUUACCCUGUUUCCAGGUCAGUGGGAUGAUCUCCUUGAAGAUGCUGUAGUUUAAUUGCAGGGGUGGUUGGGGUGUUGGUCAUGUAGGAAUCUGCAGGCUUGAUGUUUUCUACACAGAUUUUUCUUGCCUGUCUCUGGGAUUGUUGCAAAGUGCUCUGCAAGAAGGAAUUUGUCUGAAGAACUGUGGGGGAAGCAGACUGCUGCAGUAGGGAGAGUGUUCAAGGUUGAGCUUGUGAUUUGUCUUCAUGGCAAACCAUUUGUAACAUCUAUGGCUAAAUAGUACUUGUCACUUGGUUGUGAGAGUGUUUUUUCAAAGGCGUUUAAUUUUUAGUCCUCCAGAAGUUUUCCUGGGGUUGUUUUUUUUUUUAACCUUUACAUAAUGUGCCUUCAUCGUUCCUAUCUGUGAACAUGUUACAUGCCACAUGUGUAUGUCAUGCAAGUUUUUCAUGGUUCCAUUUCCAAAUGCAAUUGCACUGGAAAAAUCUGCAGGACCAUCAACCCACAGUUUGCAACAGAUGUGUUUUGUUGUGCAGGGAGGAAAAAGGCCAGGAGACAGUACUGAAAAUUAAAAGACUAUUUUUAUUCUUAGAUAUGUAAACACUGGCCUUCUGAGCAAAUUAGCCUCUAAUAAAUCUUGUUUUCUUGAGAUUACUUCUGGUUCUGCGAGGAAUGGCCUCUGCAAAGUAGUGUCUAAAAAGAUCUUUUUUUUCCUUCUCUCUUUAAACAAUUUUAGUCCUUUCCUGUUGUGUUUUUUAAAAUGUUGGAAUAUAUUAUAUGUAUUUGUUGUUGUUGCAAAAUAGCUGGCUCUAACACCACUUGCAUCUAGAAGAAAAUGUAUCUAUUUGCAGGCAAAUAAUUAGUUCUACUUUGACUGUGACAUACUCCCAGCAGAUAUCUUCUCUUGUCAGGUUGUAUGCUGGUCAAACAAUGCUGGCACCUUGCAUCCGAUUGAAAUAGCAGCCUGGAGUAGUAUUUUACCAUAUAUCACAUUUUGUGUUCCUGUUACUGUUUGUAAAAAAAAAAAAAAAAAAAAAGUUGUGGCAGGAGUCAAUAAACACUGGGUUGUGUUAAA